GGAUUUCUUUGAUUAUGACACUCACCUCCCAGUCAUGAGUAAAGUUCUUUGAUGCUAAAGCUGCCAUGUGUACACUUGCGAGGAGAGCGUUCUGUCGAAGCUGCAAUUAUAGUUCCCCUCAUCCCAGCUACACUUUUACUGAGAUGGUGAUAAUACGCCGUUGGAAGCAGCUUCGAAGACUCAGAGUCCUCCCGAUAAUUUCGCUUCCGAGUUAUUUGCAAAGACAUUCUCAUUUCAUCCUUGAUUCAGUCCACCUGUCCAACUUGUCUUCCGGAACAGAAAUCAUGUCAGAACCCACCCCUUUGAGAACCUUCAUAUUUUAUAUUUAUUGCAUUCGCAAGCUCAUUGCUUUCUUUCCGCGAGUCCUGCCGCCCCCAUUAUGUCAUUUCCACUCGUCUUCUUCGAUGCCAUUAUCGAUGUCAGGGCGUCUCUGGGAGCUGUUCUCCUUGGAUCACUUCUUGGUGCAUUUCUCUCCGGCAUCGUCACGAUGCAGGUUUUUCUGUACUAUAAGUUCUACUCGAGGGACCCGCUACACUUCAGAUUAUUGGUUGCAUUGACAUGGGUAUCAGACUUGGUUCAUACAGGAAUGGCUUGCUCUUCAAAUUGGUCCUACCUCAUAGGUCACUUCGGAGACGAACAGAUUAUAGAUUCGAUCAUAUGGCCCAUUACUGUCACUAUCGCACUCACUGCGAUCAUUAUUUUCUUUGUUCAAAGCUUUCUCGCUUAUCGUAUCUUUACUCUCAGCAAGCGCAACUGGAUAUUCACGACACCUAUAGCUGCGUUAGCAGUAUUACGAUUAGCUACUGCGCUUGUCUCCACUUCAAAGAUGAUUCAAUUAAAGCGUUACUCCCUAUUCGUUGAAUCCAUCAGCUGGGUUUUCACGCUGAGUUUAUCCUUGGGAACUGCAGUCGAUGUCUUGAUCACUGUCACCCUUUGUUGGUACUUGAACCAAAGUCGGACGGGAUUCAAGAGCAUGGAAACUAUCAUCGACUCGAUUAUGUUAUAUACCAUCGAGACCGGUUUACUCACCAGUGUCAUGACUGUCCUUUCGUUGAUAUGCUGGUUGACAAUGUCGCACAACCUUAUCUUCCUCGGCUUGCAUUUCGCAAUCAGUAAAUUAUACGCGAAUAUGUUGCUGGCUACGCUGAAUGCACGCAAAAUCAUCCGCAAGCAAUCAGAUUACUCCAUGUCAGUCGUCUUGCCAAACAAUCGCCAUAGAUUUGGCCCUAGAGCUGAAAGUCCCAUACCGCCGGGGAUGCAGUCUCCUGCGAAAACAGUCGAGAUAUGUGUAGAAGAGAGCGUACACAACCAUGUCGAUGCGUAUUCAGGUCAAGAUACGUAUUCGAGUUCCUUUGCAUCAUACAUGGAGCCGAAGCCAUCUGGGCAGAGCCGUAGCUUGGAAUCAUGACAGUUUGCAAGACAUGAUGCAUGAAAGCUGCAUGGACAUUCGUCUAGCAUUUCAUAAUUUGGGACACACGAACAUUCUUUUGCGUGAUCUGAUACAAUUGAUAUUGUUUCCUCUAGUCCAUCGACUACGCUAUAGGUGCGACGAAUGGAAUCUAAACAAAGCGUUCUCAGAGAUACAUGUGGAUCGGGAUCAAUGAUGUUGAAGUAGAAAAGAUGCAGAGAGGUAUGCACGCCAGUGAUCGUAAUCAGGACAACGGACUGGAAGAAAAGGAAAUGAAAUGAAGGAUACACAUCGCUCUAUGCGAUGGACUACAGUGAAAAAUGACACAGAUGUAUGAUAGGAUCGAUAAAUCCAAGGCUACAGAGGACAGUU